AUGUUUCAGGCCACACCGGCCAAUCAGGCGAUCAAGCGCAAGGAGAAGAGCAUCCCCCGCUAUGAUGAGACGCGAGUGAAGGCUGGACGCGGGCGACCCUCACGAUCGGCAAUAAAACGGCCGAUUGUGGCCCCGGUGUUUGACCGUGCACGAAAGCGCGUCCAGCCCCUAUCCGGCUCUUCCAAGAAGAUUGUGGGAGAGACAAAGUGGGCUGGGACUUAUGCAGCACAGGCACAUCACCGGCAUCGGGUGCGAUCUGAAUGGCCGAUAACCGCACCAAGUGGGAAUACCCUCGGGGCUGGUCGGAAGGGUGGAGUGUAG